AUGGACGGCGGAGGAGGAGGGCCAAGUAGCGCCGCUCCUCAACAAACCGGCGGCGCCGCCUCCGUCGGCGUCCGGAUACACAGUAGCAGCCGCCGCCUGCCGGACUUCCUCCAGAGCGUCAACCUCAAGUACGUGAAGCUAGGGUACCACUACUUGAUCUCCCAUCUCCUCACGCUCUGCCUGGUCCCGUUGAUGGCCGUCGUCGCAAUCGAGGCCGCUCAGAUGAACCCCGACGACCUCCGCCAGCUGUGUCUGCAUCUUCACCUCUUCAAUCCGACGCCGUCCCUGUCCGCCAUGAUCGUCAACAAUUACAAAUUGAGGGGAAACAUCAGAAGCUUCAAUUUGGGAGGGAUGGGUUGCAGUGCUAGUGUGAUUGCCAUCGAUUUAGCCAAGGACAUGCUUCAGAUCCACAGAAAUACAUACGCAGUCGUGGUCAGCACCGGUAACAUCACCCAGAAUUGGUAUUUUGGGAACAAAAAAAUCGAUGUUGAUACCCAAUUGCUUGUUCAGCUGCUCGUGCUCCCGAUUAGCGAGCAGCUGUUGUUCUUUGCGACUUUAAUGAUCAAGAAACUGGUGAAGAAGAACGUGAAGCCUUACAUACCGGAUUUCAAGCUCGCGUUCGACCACUUCUGUAUACACGCAGGGGGAAGAGCGGUAAUCGAUGAGCUGGAGAAGAACCUCCAGCUGCUGCCAGCUCAUGACCCUGCAUCGAAAUGGGCCUUGGGCCGACUGCAUCGAGAGAGUUUUCCUACUAGAUUGGAUUCAAUCUUGCUGUUAUACUAUGGGAUAGUUGACUUGAUCAUUGUUCUCGAGCAUUGUUUGUUUGGGAUGAAAACCAGUUAG